AUGAGAGAGUUUAUUUAUUCGUGUUACGUUUCAAAGGAUCUUCACUUUUGCUGAUGAUUUUAGAAGAUAAGAAGACAUCAAAAUAAAGAGACAAAAGGCUUGGCAACAAACACGUGGGUCAGAGUUCUUAUAUGGCCCAUAUAGUUAAAGGCUACAAACACGCUAUUUCGAUAAAGGCCCAAACCUUGAUAUACUUCCAUCACUCGAUUUUCUUUUCUUUUUGUUCAUUUUCUUUUGAAUAUUUUGGUAUCGGCUGAACACUAAUCACAGUCAAUCUCGUGCUCUGAAAUCUGAAUAGCUUCAAUAUUUUCACUUUUUUUCAUUGAUUAUAAUGCACAAAACCAGCUAAGUAUGGUCAAUCUUAUUCAGGACUAGUGGUAUUCCGGCGCGUAAGUUCGUAUGUUUUAUUAUGAAAUAAUUUUACAAUUCAUUUAUGGUUUCAGUGAAGAAAAUAUGUUUAAAAAUAUGAAAAUAAAAAAUAUGUUUGAAAGAAAAUGAGAUUUUUCCGAUUCAUUUGAUAGUGAUUAGCGACUGUAAUGUAUUGCUUUGUUUCGAAAUUGCUUAGUGCACAGUAGAAUAGCAUAAGUGGUUAUGACUAAUCGAUUCAAUAAAAGUAUAAUAAAAAAAAGAUAACAAAGUUAUUAUAGUUGGAAUUCAAACAUAAAGUAAGGUUGAUGUUUUAUUUAAAAAAACAUAUUUAUACUGUUAAGUACCAUGUGGACAAUAUAUAGAAGGAACGACAUUUAAAAUUUUAUUUUAGAGAGUAAUCUGAAUUUAAACGUGUGUAACGUCUUAUUUGAUUUUUGGUAAGAAACUAAUUUUGGUAAUGGAACAUAUAUAUUAGGAAAUGUGGUAAAACAUUUAUAUUUUUUUGUUUGAAAAUUAAAACGAAAAAUAAAAAAACAGUAUGCAAAUGAAACUGAAAAUUGGAACAUAAGAAACUCCCUUAUAAAUUAUAAUAACGCUAAAUCAUAGUGACUUUUCCUACAUAUGGGAUAACUUAUGUUUGUACGAAGCCAUUGAUCAAUGCAACGGAAAUGUAAACUAUAGCCGCAAGUAAAAGAGCAUUUUUCUUUGCAAAAAAAAUUAAAUUCUUUGCUGUUUUUGUUGAUAUCAACAAACGUUACUGUUUAAUUCAAAGGUUAGCGUAAAUAGUAGCCAUAAAAGGGAAUUAGUGGGGAAAUAAUAAUAGAACGAUAUGAAAUAAGUAAAAACAUGAAACAAAUUCAUCUUUUUUUUUUUGUAAAGAGCUUUCAAAUUAAAAUACUAAAAACAUACAAUGUGUAUUUGAAACAACCAUAAAAUUUUAAAAAAUAUGAUGAAACAUGCCUCAUAUUCAACCAAACAUUAGCUUACAUGGGAGAAUACUUAUGAUUUAUAAGCUUGAUGAAACAAGAGAGAGAUGAAACUACUAGGGAGGAUGGAAGGUAAUUUCUACGGCCCCGACGACCUCUUUUACCUUUUCAUCUUACCCUUCAUCUUACCGUUUUCCAUUCAAUAAAAAUCUUUCUAUAAAUAUGAUAAGAAAUGAACGAAAUAGAUUCAUUUCGUUCACUAAUUAUCAUAAUUGUAAAUGAAAGUAUAGGAAGGUUUUUAUUUUAUUUUUAAGGAAUUGAUGUGAAACCUAUGGAAUGAUAAGUUUUUGUGUGAAAUUACUGGAAUUAACCAUUCUAAAUGCUUUUCAUUCCACAAAUUUAUAGUUCCGUUGUAGCUUAUGUUGGUUCAAAUGUUAUGUUGGUUCCUUUUAUUUCCUGAACCACUUUUAAAACUUUUAAUUUUCAAAUUUCUUUAUGUACGUUAACAACUUAACAUUAUUUUCUGUUUCAAAUAAUGGCCUCUUCUUAUGUUAUAUAAUGUGUAGGGAGAUGUGGGGUUGUUGGUUUAGAUACAAGCAAAGGUUAAUUGUGAAAAGCACCACUCUUAUUGUUGAUGAUUAGACUACUAAACAUCAUGACUCUAAACAAACACACAUCAACAUAAUUAAGUUUUCACGUUGAUAUUAUUGCAAACAUGAUGCUAGUGAAUCUAAUAUUUUUACUUGGAAUAUGAAUAUCAGUGUGAACUUUCAGUCUCUUAAUCCGUUUAUAUUAGUGGAUUACCAACCACACAUCAUAACCAAACUGGACUUAAAUAGAGAAAAAGUCGACAUUGUAUUGCAUGGUCGUCGAUUAUGAUUUAUUCUGUUUCUCAAAAUCUGCAGAGUAACUUCAAGUUUACUUAUGAUUGAACAUGUGAUUAAUCUUCAAAGAUUACAUCGUAGACAAGACAUAGUAACUAAGAGACAUGCAUGGUUGCCAAUUAUGACCCAGUUGCUGUCGUUUACUUUACACAAAUGCCUUUGCUUUUCUAAUUCAUUCGUUUAUCCCAUUCACCACCCCCCCCCCCCCCCCCCCCAGUUUCUUCCUUAUAUAGUUCUGUACAAUAUUGUGUUUUCUCGUCUGAAGGGGUGAUCUAUGAACAUUAAUGGGGACUGAUGAGGCCAAGUGAUACACAAAUCCAAAAGAUAACUGAAUGGAGUUUUUGUUCUUUUGGUCAAUUCAUCUCGUCAAAGCCGGUAUUAUUAAUGUUGCUAGUAUAUGCUUCUAUGGGGAAGGGUAAAGCGUCAACUCGAACAUGGUUUCAAAUCAGAUUAUGUUAAUUUUUACACUUAACAAACUCAAAACCAGUAUAGAUUAUUAUUUUAAUAUAUUUAUCAGCUCAUCUGAUACUAUUAAUUUACGCAAGUUGUAUUGAAUUUCCUCCUCCAUCUAGUCUAUUCAUCUGCCGUUAUAAAGUCAAUUGGUCAAUAAUUAAACAACAGCGAAUAAUUUGAUUAUGACAAAUGUCUCAAACCGGAUCUUAACAUUUGACUUUUUCUUUGCUUUUCAAGAUAUUCCAUUAAUUACUGCUUGAUUAGUUAUGGUGAAUGGGUUCACCCCAAAAUCUAGUCAAAUUAUAUGAACUAGUAAGCCACAAUGUGGACAACAUAUAGAAUAAUUUAUUAAUGUUUCCAUUAUAGAAAUUUGUUCAAUGUGUAAUCAUUAUAGCAUUAUGUUAAGAGUCUAAAAGCACAUUAGAAAUGUCGGAUAUGUGAAUAACAAAGGAGAAGACUUAAGUGCUAUAUCUAGUGAGAAAUGUCUAACCAUGCACGGUUCCAUUAAAGGAUAUUACUAUCCAUCACAGUUCACCAAUUCUAAAACAUUUUGGUUUUAAACUAACAUUAUGUUUACUAUAGGAUUUUACUAUAUGAGUUUAGGAAGUAGACCAAGCCUUAUAUCACACAAACAAUGUCACACAAGGUUAGGCAUAUGUCUAUGCGUGAGUUACGUGUAAAUUGAGAGAUAUCGAGAUCAACGAUGGAGAUGUAAGUAGGAGCAAUAGGCCACGUGCGGGAGAAGCGAAAGAAUAGAAGAAGUGUAUAUUAGUGAGGAAAGGAUAGAUGAUAUGUUUCCUUUGUAUAAGGGGAACAUCACGACUCUGUCUCUAUUUGUACUUCUCCUUCACUACUUGUGUUUCUGUUAAUUUUCACUUGGUUUUCUCCCAACCUAAAAGAUAAUUCUAAGGAACUAUAUGUAAUUAUGAAUAUCAGUAUAUGUUUUUAAAAUUAUGUCUUUAAAAUCUUUUCAAACAAACUGUAUAAAUAUAUCAAUUGUGAUGAUUAUUGGUUAUUUUUCUAUGUAAGCAAAGGCAUGAUGUAAAAUGUCAUUUGUAUACAAGGAGUGGAGUGGGAGUAAGAAAUAAAAGGAGAGAAAAAGGUAUACAUAAUUUACAAUUCGAUUCUAUGUUGAUAAUAACAGUGAGAGGGAGACAAGACAUUGAGCUAUACCUAAUUUUAACUAGUUUCAUUUCUAGCCUGAUGGACCAAUCAUAUCACUUUCUACGAAUAUCUUUAGUUUGGCUCCAUAAAUAUCUUUAUCAACAUUAUUUUAGAAAAAAAGGGAAAUCAAAGGAAGUUCUAUGCAUAAUCUUUUUGAGCAUAAAGAUUAAAUUUUAGGUCAAUCAAUCUUAACUUCUUAUAGUGAUUUUUUUGUAAAAAUGCAGAUUCGGUUAACAAAAUCUGAUGAUGAUAGUUUACUUUCUCCUGUAAGAUUUUAAACCAAAGAAAAGUUUACGUUAUUUGGCACCUCAUUUUAUUGAAUACUGCAUAAUAGUUGUUGCUGCAGCUUCUGAAGAUUAGUAUAGGCAUCAAUAUGAAAUUUGGUUAUAAUAAAACUCCACUCCUUAGCAACAAUUUAUUUUAGAUGAUUUGAAAAUUUUACAAAAAGAUAAUCAUAUAAUGGAACUUUGUACUAAGUUGAUCAGCGCAUGUUGUGAACAAAUUUGAUUUGAGUUUUUGUUAUUUAUUGUUUUUUUUGAACAAGUUCUUCAUUGUUUUGUUGUAUUAAAUUGCCACAUACCUAUACUUUCGUUUGUUUAUGUGACGCUUUAUGUACGAAAAAAUCUGAUUCAGAUUUCGUACUUUUGUGGUCAAGAAAAUCUCUAAUUUAAUCACAAAUAUGGACAGAGAGUCAUCUUUACUAACUAAAAAAUAUGGAUUGUUUCUAAUUAAUUCCGUCUGCAUGUUUCCCCUCUAAGAAAAGAAUAACAAAAUAAUGAUUUUUUUUUUUGAAAUCCCCACCAUGCGAAACUACCAUGCUACUAAACACACAAAAAAUCUAUAUAAAAGGGCAUCUUCUCUUCAUAUUUUGAAAUCCCUCAUCUCAAUCAAAACAAACUCUAACAAUGGUGGCAGAAGAAGACUCAAGUCUCACAAAUCUCCAACACAAGUAUAGCCCGACAAUGCCAGAGGUGGUGGAGGAGAUGAAGAAAAUUUGGGACAUAAGUUUCCCGGUGGCCGCCAUGAGCCUAUUAAACUACCUAAAGAACAUGACCUCCGUCGCGUGUAUGGGCCGACUAGGUAGCCUCGAGCUGGCCGGAGGAGCAUUAGCCGUCGGAUUCACAAACAUAACCGGGUACUCCGUUCUCUCCGGUUUAGCCACCGGUAUGGAACCACUUUGUGGCCAAGCCAUAGGCUCUAAAAACCCUUCACUCGCUUCCUUGACCCUCAAGCGAACCAUCUUUCUCCUCCUCUUAGCUUCUCUUCCCAUCUCUCUCCUCUGGCUGAGCCUCCAACCUCUAAUGCUAAUCCUCCGCCAACAAGAAGACAUCACACGUGUCGCAUCUCUCUAUUGCUCCUUCUCUCUGCCUGAUCUCCUAGCUAAUAGCUUCCUUCAUCCUUUACGUAUUUACUUGCGUUGUAAAGGCACCACGUGGCCUUUGAUGUGGUGCACGUUAAUCUCCGUCCUUCUUCAUCUCCCCAUUACUGCUUUCUUCACGUUUUACAUCUCACUCGGCGUCGCUGGAGUCGCGGUCUCGUCUUUUCUCACCAACUUCAUCUCCUUGUUGCUUCUUCUUUGCUACAUCUACUUGGAAGAACAUAAAAGCGACAAAACCAGUUCCUCACUUUGUCUUAAAAUGCCGUUGCUACAGUCUAGUUCGAGAAACUCUUGCAAUGAUGAAGUGUGGUCAACGCUGAUCAAGUUCGCGGUCCCAAGCUGUAUAGCGGUUUGUUUGGAGUGGUGGUGGUACGAGUUCAUGACGGUCCUCGCCGGCUAUCUCCCGGAGCCAAGGGUGGCGCUAGCGGCGGCCGCCAUCGUGAUCCAGACGACGUCGUUGAUGUAUACAAUCCCCACGGCGCUCUCCGCCGCGGUUUCCACGAGGGUGAGCAACGAGUUGGGAGCAGGACGGCCGGAGAAGGCAAGGACGGCGGCGGCAGUAGCGGUCGUAGCCGCCGUGGCCGUAUCUGUGUUCGGACUUGUGGGGACCACCGUUGGGAGAAAGGCUUGGGGGAGAGUUUUCACGGCGGAUGGAUUUGUCCUGGAGCUGACCGCGGCGGUUCUUCCAGUGAUCGGAGCUUGUGAGCUUGCCAACUGUCCUCAAACUACAAGCUGCGGGAUCCUACGUGGCAGUGCGAGGCCACGUGUAGGAGCUAAGAUUAAUUUCUACGCCUUUUAUGUAGUUGGAGCACCAGUGGCUGUUAUUUUAGCGUUUGUGUGGGGCUUAAACUUCAUGGGCCUAUGCUAUGGCCUACUCGGGGCCCAGAUCGUUUGUGCAAUCUCUAUUUUGACCGUUGUCUAUAAGACAGAUUGGAACAAAGAGUCCUUGAAGGCUCAUGACUUGGUAGGCAAAAACGUCAUUUUACCUGAUAUUGAUCAAAUUAUUGUCAAAUGUGAAGAAGGCAUACACUAACAGAGUGUUGUUUGUUGUUCAUACCAUCUCUAUUUCUGUUUCAUUGAUUUCUUUCUGUUUCUAAAAUUUUCCAUAUAUUAAAAACACAUACAUGUUACACAUAUAAACACUGCUUCUUGUAACAGUUCAAUGAAUAGUAAAAGCGGCCAAAUUUUUUUUCUUAACA